AUGCCGAAGACGAAGAAGCGCAAGAACCCGGGCGUGGGCGUGGACUUCAAGCGCGUGAAGAGCAAGGUCGGCAAGCCGCUGCCGAAGGCCCGCAAUGAGACCGACACCACCAUCCGCGCCCAGUCCAUCCACUUGCCCGGAACGGGGCUCCUCGACGACAAGAGCACGCAGGCCACUUCACUGAGGAAUCUCACGCUCCCAGAGCUCCUGACACAAUCGGGACACUACAGCGCAAAGGUUCGCCGCGACGCCCUGGACGGCCUCGCGGACCUCUUCUCUCACCACCCAGCGGAGGUGCAGUCCUCGGCCGGACCGCUCCUGCAGCGCAUCGGCGAGCGCGCGUCCGACGAGGACAAGGACGUCCGCAAGGCGCUGCUCGCGCUCCUGCAGGCCCACGUCCUGCGGCAGCUCGACGAGCGCGCCCUGGCCGCGCACCUCCCGCUCCUCAUGGCACACGUCCUGUCCGGGUUGGCCUCCCUCGACGCCGGCGUGCGCGCGGACUCGGCCUGCGUCCUGCAGGAGCUCGUCAGGCACUCGCCCUCCGCCGUGGCCGGCGGCUACCUCGAGCCCUGCGCAGCGCACUUCAGCGCGCAGCUUGCUCCGUCGGCACGGGGCGUGUCGAUCCGCGCGCAGUCCUCCGCCGCGCUCGUGCAGACGCUCACGGGCCUGCACCACUUCCUGUCGGGCACCGUGUCCGCUCUGUCGGCCGCGAGCGCGCGGCCGCGUGCGGACAUCAUGAUGAUGCGUGGCGGCGGUGCGAGCGCCUCUGGGUCGCGCUGGCGGCCGGCGCCGUGGCUGGGAGUCCAGGAGCUGCGGAAGGCGCACGCACGGAUCGACGCUGCGCUCGAUCGCGCCGCGAGCGAGCGGUCCGCGGCCGGGAACGCGGGUGUGGAGUUGGAGGUGGGCACGGCGGCGGUGCUGGGCCUCCUGUUGCGGUUGUUGCGGUGCUACAAGGAGCUGGUCGGUGCCUCGGAGGCCGACGACGAGGGGGGCGCGGGGGAGCUCGGCACGGGGAAGAAGAAGGGCGGGAAGGCGGGUGCGGGAAACAAGAAGAAUGCAAGAAGGGAAUCCUCGAGUUCCGGGAAAGACGAAGAAAGCAAGCUGCUGUCGGCGAUGGUGCUCGUCGCCGAGAGCGUCGAGAUGAUAGUGCGCAUCCUCAUCGCCCGGGCAGGGGAGCGCGGGGCGCCCGAGCUGCGCGUCGAGGGCGAAAAAGCCACGUCAACCGUGGGUGCUGCGCUGGGGGCGCUCUCGGACGGGUUUCCGCGGCGCCGGCCGACGGGGGCGGCGCGCGGCGGUGACGCAGCGCAGAAAGUGGCGUCGGUGAACCUCGCGAUCGCGCGCACGCUGUCCCGCGUGCUGCCAAGCCCUCCAAACACCCCCCCUGCCACCGACGUGGCGACGGAGUCCACCCCAGGCCCAGCGUGGGAGGGCACGCUGCUCGCGUUCCUGUGCCUGAUGAUGCGGUCGGACGACGCCGCGCCGGCGCACGGCCGGGACAUCACGGCGAAGGCUGCGGGCGCGGAGACGCCCAACGGCGACGGCGUUGUCGUCGGUGCCGCGGUCGACAUGGCCGGCAUCGUGCUGCCCCGCGUGCAGGGCGAGGGCAGAGCCGAGCUACUGCAGUGCACGCUGACGGUGUUCGAGGGCGCCAAGCCCGGCACAUCGACCUGCGUGCGGUGCCUCGAGCUGUUGCAGCACAUCGCGGAGCGUCCUGCGGACGUGUACGUGCACGGCGUGGCGCCGGAGGCCGCGCUGACCGCCGCCGUGCGUGUCGCGCCGAAGGUCCUGUGGGAUUGCGGGGCGCGGAACCAGGAGGCGUCGCUGCGCGCUGCGAAGCUGCUGCACACGGUCGCACGCUUCUCCUUUCCUGGGGGCACGGGGGAGGUGGACGCGGCAUUGCGGGAGAGCCAGCAGCCGCUGGCGGCGCUGUUCUGUGCCGUCGUGCCCGGGAAGGCCCGGGAAACGGAGAGGGUCAUUUCUGGGCCGCUCCUGCGUCUGCCGGAGGCGGCGCAGGCGCUGGUGUGCGACAUUGUGCCAAUGCUUCCUGUCGCAGACCGGGUCCUGCUGCGCGCGUGCGCCCUCGCGGCGCUCUCGCCGGAACUGUCCGCGUCCUGCGCAGCGCGGCUCUCGGCCGCGCUGGCGUCGCGUCGCGGGCUCGACGGCGACCCCGCUGCGUGGACCUCGUGCAUGGUGACGCUCCUCACGGGGGUGUCUUCAAUUGCCCCCCCUGGACACAAACGCAAGGACGGGCACGCCCUUCUCAUGGACGACCAGGACAGGAGGCGUGCGAUCGAGACGGCGGGCAUCGCCGCCGAGGCCCUCGCCUCCGCAGGCGACAGCGCCACGUCCCUGGCUGUCUUGUCGCCAGCUGUCGAUGACGCCGUCGCGCGGGCGGCAGAGCACAAGCACGGAUCGGGCUUGCUGCGCGCCAUGCUCGGCCGCAUCGAGCUGGCCGCGCGGUGCGUGCGUGCCAAGAGCCCAGCGGGCGCCGUGCGUGUCUCGGAGGCCCUUUGUCAACAGGCGACGGAGCUCCUGGGAGCGGUUGCGGGCGCGGCUGGAGCUGGACACACCUCGAGUGUGCAGGCGCGGGAGAUGACGGCCGGCGCGCGGGCCGUGCUGGCUGCGGCGGACGGCGCCACGCUUGGGCGUGUUGUCGAGGGUGUGUUGCGGCGUGUUGAGGAGGACCACGCGGACGUGUCGGUGCGGGUCGAGCGCGUCACGACCGUCGCCUGGGCGCUAGACAUGAUGGUGGCUGAUUCGGACCUGCGCGCAAAGGCGGCGGGCUCGCACCUGGCGUCGGCGUUUGCGAGGGCAGCGGAUAUGCUCUGCGCAGUGGCGGACGAGGUGUGCGGCGUCGAUGCUGUGCCGCACCAGGCGGGGCAGAACUGCCGCGACGCAGUGCAGAGGAUCAAGCAGGUCUCUCUGGACCUCUCGGCGCGUGAGCGGUAG